CAUCGGUGUUGGUGCAAACGGGAAUGAAAAUCUGCAAAUCGGAUUCAUUUUGUGGUGCAAUUUAACGGUAGUAGCGGUUGGAGCAAUUUGUAAUUUGAUGAUGACGAAAAAAUAGUGUUUUACUAGCUAUACGUCUAGAGUGCAGUUUGUAGGAUAUAGCUUCCGUGUCUAGUUCAUUGUUGGCUGUUGUCAGUGUCAGUCGGUGUGCAAGUAGAGAAUCGAUAUUUUUCGGCGGUAAUAUUCGUGCAACGGAAAACUAUUUCAACCACCUAACUGUCUGUGAUAGCAUAUAACCUGUUUUUGGAAGCAGCUUACUGUCGAUUUAUUUUCUACGAUCUACGAGCAAACAUCAAAAAUUUCUACGCUAUAAUCCUUUUUGAAGAACGUCUUAGUGAAGUAGCCGCCAGUGAGCGUUUCAACAGGAGUACAACUCCGAUUUUUCCGCAACGCUGCACUGUGUGACUCGGAACGGGUACCCAUACCCACGUGUGGGAGGCACCAAUCAGCCAAACUGGAACGAGGGACCACACCGCUUUUUUGGAUUCUAAAUCGCAUUUCGCAGUCCCGUGGGAUUACAAGGGAUACAAUGUACAAAGCUGGGUGAACAAAGUGAAAGCAUCACCAGGGCAUAAGAAGGCACACCGUCAGACUAAGGAGAUUUUCCGUCCGGACGGAAAAAGGGAUCAAAUCCGUUCGGGAUCGAUCGGGGCGCACCGGUGCUUAGUGUUUGGUGGAAAUCAAAUUUGGUGAUUGCUGUGAAUAAACCACCUAUAAAACGUCCGACGGGGACGGAUGAUAUUUUCCAGUGAGGACACGAGACGUUGGAAGUUGGAAGGGAUUUUAUUGGAUCGAUGCUUCAUGCGGGGAAACGAAUUGUGAACGAUAAGUAUGGAGAAAUAUGUGUUUGUGAAAAUUGUGAAUAGCCGGGACAAUAUUGGAAAAUUGGGGUGUUUUGUGCUGCGUGGAUGUACGUCAUUUCCAUCCCGAGAUUGAUUGUAAAUGUAGUGAAAGAUCAAAGAUAAGAAACAAAGUGAAGGGAACAAACAAAACAAUAUACCGAUGUCAAUCCGAUUUGGUAGAUAGCAAAAUUUAAGCAAUCUACAAGUUUGAUUGCGAAAAUUCUACAAGCAACGGGGAUUAGUUCCCAUUUUGGUGCUUACCGUAUACGUGACGUCCAGUUGGUACCUCUAAACGUCCUCACUCCAUCUAAGCAUCUCGCAUCGAGAAACGGUUUCUCCAGACUGAACGAAUAAAACCAACUGAGUCCUGGUAAAGCUUGGGGAUUACAGAGGCUUCAGCGAUGGAUUCAUAGCUAAAAGAAAUAUGAGUACCCGUCAGAGGUUUAGUUGACAAUAGGUUUCGAAACUAAGCACAAUUUUAUAAAAUAAGAUGAUCGGUAGCGUAGGAGGCCGACACAUGUCGACCCGGCGGCGUGGUUCGUCGCCGAUGGUCCGACUCGGUGGGAGCACUCUAAUGGCACAACUGGAACCACCCGACGGCCUAAACACACCGCGGGUCUCACCCCGUCGACGGCGGGCCGUGACGACCAGUGACCACAAAAGCUGUGCUUUAAUACAAACAAGACUGAAACUAGGUGACAUCAUGUUGGCAGCGGCUCAAGAGGCGGCGCUUGCAGGUCAGGGCUCCAACGGGGGCCAGUUUGGUCGCAAAGGAGGCCAAUACUUAGCUGAUAAGAUGGGCGGCCCCAGUAGUCAAGGGGGCCAGCCCCCGUCCGGGGGUGGGCCCACUUCCCUGUUUAUCCUCUCCGAGGACAACAUCAUUAGGAAAUACACACGAUUCAUAAUCGAAUGGCCGCCCUUCGAGUACGCUGUCCUGCUGACAAUCAUUGCCAACUGUGUGGUGUUGGCCCUCGAGGAGCAUCUGCCCCACGGCGACAAGACGCUGCUCGCCCAGAAGCUGGAGAAAACGGAGGCCUACUUCCUCGGCAUCUUCUGCGUGGAGGCCUCGCUGAAAAUCCUCGCCUUAGGGUUCGUCAUGCACAAACACUCCUACCUCAGGAACAUAUGGAACAUAAUGGAUUUUUUCGUCGUAGUUACGGGAUUCAUCACAUUAUUCCCGCAGGAGGGACCCGAAGUAGAUCUGAGAACGUUGAGGGCCAUCCGUGUGUUACGGCCCUUGAAAUUAGUGUCUGGAAUUCCUAGUUUACAAGUAGUUUUAAAGUCUAUCAUCAAAGCCAUGGCGCCGUUGCUGCAAAUAGGAUUGUUAGUCUUGUUUGCAAUUGUUAUCUUCGCAAUCAUAGGCUUAGAGUUUUACUCGGGUGCUCUGCAUAGAAGUUGUUAUAGCUUAGAGGAUAUCUCUCAAAUAGUCAAGGAGGGUGAGUUUCCAACGCCUUGCAACGCGGACAACGACACGAUAGCACCGACCGGUGCUUACGUGUGCAACAGCAGCGACAGCAUGUGCGUCGAACAGUGGGAGGGUCCCAACUUCGGGAUCACCAGCUUCGACAACAUCGGGUUCGCCAUGUUGACUGUGUUCCAGUGCAUCACGAUGGAAGGCUGGACGGCCAUUCUCUACUGGACCAACGACGCCUUAGGAUCUACCUUCAACUGGAUCUACUUCGUGCCACUGAUAGUGCUGGGGUCAUUUUUCAUGCUUAAUCUAGUUCUUGGUGUCCUCAGUGGUGAGUUCGCCAAAGAGCGAGAGAAGGUAGAGAAUAGGCAGGAAUUCCUAAAGCUUCGUAGACAGCAGCAGCUAGAGAAGGAGCUCAACGGCUACGUGGAGUGGAUCUGCAAAGCUGAGGAAGUCAUCCUGGCGGAGGAGAGAACCACCGAAGAGGAGAAGAUGCACAUCAUGGAGGCCCGGAGACGUGCCGCAGCCAAGCGGAAAAAGCUUCGGAACCUAGGGAAAUCCAAGUCAACCGACACCGAGGAGGACGAUCCCGACGAUGACUGCGGAGAUGACGUUUAUGUCACCAAACGUAAGAAAGGCUACCUGAAAUCCAAGGUGAAAACCCAGGGCAAAUGCAUCGGGUUCUGGCGGGCGGAAAAGCGCUUUCGCUUCUGGAUCCGGCACACCGUCAAGACGCAGUGGUUCUACUGGUUCGUCAUCGUGCUGGUGUUCUUCAAUACUGUGUGCGUAGCGGUCGAACACUACGGCCAACCGAACUGGUUGACGCAGUUUCUUUAUUACGCCGAAUAUGUGUUCCUGGGAUUGUUUAUGAUGGAGAUGUGGAUCAAGAUGUACGCCUUGGGGCCGCGGAUAUAUUUCGAGUCGUCGUUCAAUCGGUUCGACUGUGUCGUCAUCAGCGGGUCCAUCUUCGAGGUUGUGUGGUCCGAGGUGAAGGGUGGCUCGUUCGGUUUGUCCGUACUGCGAGCCUUGAGGUUACUUAGGAUAUUUAAGGUUACAAAAUACUGGUCGUCACUGCGCAACUUAGUUAUAUCGUUACUCAACUCGAUGAGAUCCAUCAUUUCACUGUUGUUCCUGCUCUUCUUGUUCAUACUGAUCUUCGCACUACUGGGAAUGCAACUGUUCGGAGGACAGUUCAAUCUGCCGGACGGAACGCCGCCGACCAAUUUCAAUACGUUUCCAAUCGCACUGCUGACGGUGUUUCAGAUCCUAACCGGCGAGGAUUGGAACGAGGUUAUGUACCAAGGUAUCGAAUCGCAGGGAGGUCACAAAAAGGGGAUGAUCUACUCGUUGUACUUCAUCAUCCUGGUGCUGUUCGGUAACUAUACCCUGCUGAACGUAUUCUUGGCUAUCGCUGUCGACAAUUUGGCCAAUGCACAAGAGCUGACCGCUGCCGAGGAGGAGCAGAUGGAGGAGAACAAAGAGAAACAGCAGAUGGAGCUGGACAAGGAGAUGGGAGCACUGCACUUACAGACCGAUGGUUCGCCGCCCCGGGUUGAAGUUUCGUCGCCUUCUCCAACCCGGGGCAAUGGAAGCAAGGCGAACAAAAAAGAGGAAGACAAGGAAGAGGACGACGACGACAUUCCGGAUGGGCCGAAACCGAUGUUGCCGUACUCUUCGAUGUUUGUGCUCUCGCCGACGAAUCCGAUACGCUGCGCUGCGCAUUGGGUCGUCAAUCUGCGAUAUUUCGAUUUUUUCAUCAUGGUCGUCAUCUCACUGUCAUCGAUCGCACUAGCCGCCGAGGAUCCCGUCGAGGAGGAUUCGCCGCGCAAUAAGAUUCUCAAUUUUUUCGAUUAUGCAUUUACCGGAGUGUUCACGAUCGAGAUGCUGCUCAAGAUCGUGGAUCUCGGCGUGAUACUGCACCCGGGUAGCUACCUGCGGGAGUUCUGGAACAUUAUGGACGCCGUGGUCGUCAUCUGCGCUGCUGUCAGCUUCGGCUUCGAUAUGACUGGAAGCAGCGCGGGCCAGAACUUGUCCACGAUCAAGUCGCUCCGGGUGCUGCGAGUGUUACGACCGCUGAAAACAAUCAAACGAGUGCCAAAGCUGAAAGCUGUGUUCGAUUGCGUCGUGAACUCACUGAAAAACGUCAUCAACAUCCUGAUCGUGUACAUUCUGUUUCAGUUCAUCUUCGCUGUCAUAGCGGUGCAGCUGUUCAACGGCAAGUUCUUCUACUGCACCGAUGACAGCAAACACACCAGUGAGGAGUGCAAGGGUUCCUUUUUUGUCUACGACGGUACCGAUCAACUGCCAAGACGAGAGGUGCGGGAGUGGAAAACGCAAAGCUUCCACUACGACAACGUGGCCACUGCCAUGCUGACACUAUUUGCCGUACAAACCGGAGAAGGAUGGCCACAAGUAUUACAAAAUUCCAUGGCUGCUACCUACGAAGACAAGGGUCCAAUUCAAAAUUUCCGAAUAGAAAUGUCCAUAUUCUACAUAGUAUAUUUCAUAGUGUUUCCAUUCUUCUUCGUUAACAUAUUCGUGGCCUUGAUUAUCAUUACCUUUCAAGAGCAAGGAGAAGCCGAACUACAGGACGGAGAGAUAGAUAAAAAUCAGAAAUCGUGCAUAGAUUUUACGAUAGGUGCUAGACCUUUAGAACGUUAUAUGCCAAACAAGCGGAAUAGUUUUAAAUACAAAGUGUGGCGUAUCGUCGUCUCCACGCCGUUCGAAUAUUUUAUAAUGAUGUUGAUCGUGUUCAAUACGUUACUGCUGAUGAUGAAGUUCCACGAAGCGCCACCGACACUGAUUGAUAUACUGAGCUUCAUGAAUUUGGUAUUCACAUUCUUCUUUUUACUGGAGACUAUAAUGAAACUGAUCGCAUUCGGAUGUAAGAAUUUUUUCAAAGAUCCUUGGAAUAUAUUCGAUUUUAUAACAGUUAUUGGAAGUAUUAUCGACGCAUUAGUUUUAGAAUUAGGAGAAAACUCAUUCAACGUUGGAUUUUUAAGACUGUUUCGUGCUGCACGAUUAAUCAAACUACUCCGACAAGGUUAUACAAUACGAAUAUUACUUUGGACAUUUGUUCAAUCAUUCAAAGCACUGCCAUAUGUCUGUUUGCUGAUUGCCAUGCUAUUUUUUAUCUACGCAAUUAUUGGCAUGCAGGUGUUUGGAAAUAUUGAACUAGAACCUGAAUCAGCUAUCACUAGACACAACAACUUCCGUUCCUUUGUCCAAGGACUGAUGCUACUGUUCAGAUGUGCAACGGGCGAGUCGUGGCCGAACAUUAUGCUGGCAUGUCUCAAAGGGAGACCCUGUGACCCGAGAGCAGGCAAAUCGAACGAAACCUGUGGAUCGACACUGGCCUACGCGUACUUUGUGUCGUUCAUCUUUUUCUGUUCGUUUCUCAUGUUGAACUUAUUCGUCGCUGUCAUCAUGGACAACUUUGACUAUCUGACACGUGAUUCCAGUAUUCUUGGUGCUCACCAUCUGGAUGAAUUUGUGCGGAUAUGGGCCGAAUACGAUCCAAAUGCUACGGGUAAAAUACAUUAUACAGAAAUGUAUGAUAUGUUGAAAAACAUGGAUCCUCCUUUGGGAUUUGGUAACAAAUGUCCCAACCGACUCGCCUACAAGAAGCUCAUCCGAAUGAACAUGCCACUGGACGCGGAGGGCAAGGUCGGCUUCACGACGACCCUGUUCGCGCUGAUCCGGGAAAACCUCAACAUCAAAAUGAGAACUGCCGAAGAGAUGGACCAAGCGGACCAGGAACUGCGACAAACGAUCAGCCACAUUUGGCCGCUGCAGGCUAAGAAGCUGCUAGAUCUGCUGGUGCCCCGAAAGGACGAACUGAACACUGGAAAACUGACGGUGGGGAAAAUCUACGCCGGUUUGCUCAUACUGGAAUCCUGGAGAAAUACCAAGUUCGGUCAGAUCGAAUCGGACCUGCCGGAGCUACAGGAUGUGUCCCGGCAGCCAUCUCUGGAAUCGCUGACAGGUGGAGAUGGUCAUCUACAUCCGGGCCAUGCGUACCAUAACGGACAUCGUAGAUCGCCAAGUUUGAGGAGGGAAUCGCCGCUGGUGCGAACGCCCAGUCCCCGUCGGCGGCAUCAUGACGUCGGUUUCUCCGAUACCGUCUCCAACGUGGUCGAAAUCCAAAAGGAAGAGCACAAACGCGGUAGGCACCAUUUCGGCUACGCCCACAGGCACAAUCGAGGUUCCUGGUCAGCAUCAACCAGCCCCGCCCGUUCGCCAUCACCUAAUCGUUUCGAUGUACAUAGUAGUGCCCAGCAUCGAAGUAGAAAAGAUCGUUCCAAAAACCACCCGGCCCACCAAACGUACGACACGACGAUCCUUUGCGAGCGGUCUCGAUCGCCGAGUCCUGCCAGUUUACUCCAAGAGCUGCGGGACCGCGAUCCCACACGGCGGAAGUAUAGGAAUGGAAUGGGUCCACCGGGUCACGUGCAGCAUAGCUAUCCGGUGCUGGUAGCUCGUCGACAAGGUCAGGGUCGAAGGCUACCCCCGACUCCGUGUAAGCCAUCGACCCUUCAACUCAAGCAGACCAACAUCAACUUCCCCAAGCUGAACGCCAGCCCAACUCACACGCUGCACUCGACCCACACGACACCGCACAGUAUACAUUCGCUUCCGCCGACGCGGGAAUUCCUUCGGGAACGGGACCGUGAGCGUGACCGGGAACGGGAACGGGAUCUCUACUACCGGGAGCGCGAUCGUGAGCGAGAUCGGGAACGAUACCGCAGCAGCCGCGAGCGGGAAGCUCGAGACUACGGACCGCUGCACUACGAGUUCCGCGAUCGGGAGCGGGAGCUGUACGAGCGGGAGAUCGAACGGGAGUUUGAACGGGAGUAUGAACGUAUGGAACACCAGAUGCCUCUCUCGUACGAGCAGGCGUUAGCGAUGGGCCGCACCGGAGGCCGCGUUCUUCCAUCACCGAUACUGAACGGCUACAAACCAAAAGGAGGCCUUCACUCGUCCCGACACUCGGACUCGGACGAUGAAGACUGGUGCUAGCAUAGGGUGAGACGGCGGCAGUGCGAACGGAAACGCAGGGAACAGAUAUGGGUGUAGCGAAGAACCGGACACGACAGCGCUCUCUGUGAACUCGUAGAGAAACGGCUACGCAGCUGGGAAGCUGUGCGUGGCAACAAACAAUAGCUUUACAACCCACCUGAGUCGGAAGCGUCGUCGUUAGAUCAACUCCUAUCACAUUCCAAGCGAGCAUUAGUAGAAGUGGAUAGGGACGUAUCUGCUCAUUAACGGGCUCACGGUGACUCACGUGAGAUUUAUGUAAUGUCUACAAGCGGACACUAAUUUAGUCAUCGGUAUAGCUGGUAGUGUUUAACGAGAUUAUCCUCAUAUUUGUUUCUUUUCCAAAAGUCUAAGGCCUUAGUUAGAUCGAGUUAGAGAUAUUAAUCAAACCGAUACACCUUUUUGCAAAAAGGUACCGCCAGUAAACCGAAUUCUAGUUAAACGUUAUUCAAUUUCAAAUGAUGAACAAACAGAACCUGCCUUCAAAGCCACAAAUGAGAACAAAACGUAGAUCAGCUGAAGCGUACUGUAAAUAUGGAUCUAAAGCACUACUGUAAAAUAGUAAUCCCAUUUCUCGACAUUUAUUCGUCCUAUAUUUAAGUAGAAAUUGUAUAAAAUCAAUCGAAAUCAAAUCAACUUCAUUAUUGCUGACAGUUUAUUUUGCUUGAGAGUUUCACACUAUUGAAGCGAUCGGACAUCCCAGUCGAGCUGCCCUUUGAGAGCAUUCAGUCGCACACCAUCAUUCCAAACAGCACCACAGUUUAUCAAACAGGAAAUAUCGACAACUAGAAGAAAAGACUGAAUUUCAACCAAAAAAUAUCAAUCGGUAGGCGUUUAGAAAGUCCUGACAGGUAGUGAGAUAUCCGGAUAUAGAAGGAUUUUUUUUUUCGGGUUAAACUGUAUUUCACUUUCAGAAAUCGUAUAACCCAACCGUGCAACCAACAGCAGGGGUGGAACGAUUAUUAAUUUGUUUUUAAUUUUAGUUGAAGAAAAAUUACAAACUUAGAACGCGUGAUAACUGAUAGGCAAACGUAGGGCCGUGUACGUAGGACAAAACCGGGUAGACUUUUUAUACAACCGUAUUUACGUAGAGGAAAGUGUAGCUUUAUUGAAACGAUAUCAUCAUCAGCUAAUGGGAACAUACACGUAGCUAUAGGUUUUAAAGUAGGCAAGAUUGAACAUCAAACACAGGUAGCAAGAGUUUCAGCUUGAAGGUUCACACACCUCGGCAAACGAUAAGAAGUAGAAUAAUCAUUGACCAUUUGACAGAGGCGCUGGAUUGGGAUGUCCGAAGGGCUGAACAAGGCAACAGUUUUUUUUAGGAUAGAAAAGCACUCAGAUAUUUCUCAAAAGCUGACAUAAUAUAAGAGAUAGGGAUGCUUUAGUGGUGUGAGCAACCUCUUCAGACGUUAAUGUUGAUCAACGUCUGGUCGGGAGAUCAACAUUUUAGUAUGUCUUCUUCCUUUGAGCUCCAUAAACCCCAAAGCUUAGAACCGAUAGGCUCUAUGUUCACUGAGGGGUAUGUUAUUUAUUCUGUCUCUUUUACCUCCUAUCAAUCGAUACUUAUAACUGUUUUGUCGACAGCUGCCAAUCAAUUCACCCUGAUCCCAUAACAUUGAUUGGAGAUUUUAUAACGGAUAUAUGCUAGAUCGCUUCAAGACGGUCGCCAGUACCUUAAAUUCUUGAUAACGGAGAUUAUGGAGCGCAGUUUUACCUUCAACAACCGAAUCAAAAAAGAUGUUUGCGCAUUGGUUUCUUUUUGGACAAAUAUUUGACCCUGUGCACUAGUAGUGAUCAGAGCAGUGAUGUCAUGGUAAAACCAGAGUUGAUUACCCAAGGCUUCCAAAUUGCAGCACCCUAUUGCAUCACUAUUGCGCCUAAUUUAUUCCGAAAAAAAAAACUCCUCUAUGCAUUAUUAUUUCACGAAGUUUCGCGGAAGGGACAUUAUUGCUGGAAUUCCUUUUUUUUUUGUGUUUUGCAAGAAUUCAUCCUACAAUUUUUAGAAACUUCUCCAGGAUUACCUCCAGGAACACCGCCAGACAUUCCUUUGGGGAUUCUUUGAGGAUUUAUCAAAAAUUUUCAGGAAUUUUAAAAAUAGUUUUAGCAAGGAUUUUUCUUAGUAUCCCUUCAAAAUACAUCCAUGUCCAGAUUUUUAUUUUUUUUUUUUUUGAAAAUUUAUCCAGUCCUUUCUCCAGGGAUUUUUACAGGAAUAUUUCAAGGAAUUUUCAAUGAAACUUCUUCAGCAAUUUCCAAGAAAUACCUCAAGAAAUUCAUCUUGAAACUGAUUCAUGGAUUUCCUCAGAAAUUUCUCCUACGAUUUCUUAAGAGAUUCUAAAAGAAAUUCAUUCAAAUAUGGCCACAUGAGCUCAUGCUUGUAUUCCUUCAUGUAUUUCCUCAAACAUUAAAAAUAAAUGCCUCGUGACAUAUUAAUUAAAAUUUUCCAGGAGAUUUUCUUUAGAAUUUCUCCUGAAACUCUUCUAGAAAUAUCUCAAGAUUUUUUUCUAGGAACUUUUCCAGGGGUUUCUCCAAACUUUCUUCGAUAGAUGCAAUCUCAGGAGAAAUUGUUUUAUAAAGAUUCGGAGAUUAUUUCGGAAAUUCUCGAACGUGCUUCAGGUCUUUCUUUAGGCAUUGCGAUGGAUUUAUUUAGAACUUCCUUCAGGGUAUUUUUUAGAAUUAUUUUUUCCAAAUAUUCUCUCAACACCUCCUAAAGAAAUUACUCCAGAAUCCAUUACUUAGCAUUUUUCGAGGAAUUGUUUAAGAAUGUUUUCAAGGAAUACUUGCAAAAGAUUCUCCAGUUCUAAGAUUUUUUCAUUUUUUUUUAAGUUUUAAGUGAUUUUCUAAAAAAAUCCACUCGGAUGGUUUGGUUAUUUCUGCAGAAUUUUUUCCAGACAUUUUUC